GCCCCUUUCGCUCUCCCCGUUUCCUCCAUUGGUUUCUUCAUCCUCUCUCUCUGUGUCGCUGUCGCUUUCGCUUUCUCUCUGUCCGAUCUGCAGGGGCGUUCUUCCGCCCCUGAAGCCGCCUUGCCGUUGUCCACAGCCCGCAGAAGAUAUUGAAGAAGAUGAGUGAGGUGUUUGAGAGAUACGAACGACAGUACUGCGAGCUGUCGGCGAACCUUUCGAGGAAGUGCUACGCAGCUGCCGCUCUUGAUGGAGAGCAAAAGAAGCAAAAGAUUUCGGAUGUGAAAGCUGGAAUUGAUGAAGCGGAAUCAUUGAUUCGGAAAAUGGACCUCGAGGCAAGAAGCUUGCAGCCGAACGUGAAGGCAGUGCUGCUUGCUAAGCUCAGGGAGUACAAAUCGGACCUUAACAAUGUCAAAACCGAAGUUAAAAGACUGACUUCUGGUGGCAACAAUUUGUCUGCCCGAGAUGAUUUAUUAGAAUCAGGAAUGGCUGAUGCUCUUACGGCAUCAGCUGAUCAAAAAGGGAGGCUGAUGAUGUCAACAGAAAGAUUAAAUCACUCUGGUUAUCGGAUCAAGGAGAGCAGGAGGACAAUGCUGGAAACAGAAGAGCUUGGUGUGUCAAUUCUUCAAGAUUUGCAUCAGCAGAGACAGUCUCUACUUCACGCUAAUAACACUCUUCACGGCGUAGAUGACAACAUCGGGAGGAGCAAGAGAAUCUUGACUUCCAUUUCCAGGAGAAUGGACCGGAACAAAUGGAUCAUUGGCUCUAUAAUUGCUGUCCUUGUUGUUGCCAUCAUAUUGAUACUGUACUUCAAGCUCAAGUAGUGGAUCUGCCGGUUCUUUCUUCCCUUUUUGGUUUCCAAGAUUCUACCAGAGAUGAGUCAGGCCUGCCUCUUGAUUUUUCUGGCUCGAGUGUCUUAUUCAUUCAGUUUGUAUUUGUGUUUUUGAGUGUGAGUGAUGAUAUGUGAAACAGUUAACUGAAUUUGAAGUGUGGUGAACAAAAAUUACGCAAUGCAAAGCAUGAGCAAGUAAUGGUGUAAUUUCUUGUA